CAUUUGAAAAAUACAAACAUCGUUCGCUUCCUCUCCUCAAAUUUAGUAGAAUCUCUCUACAAAAAAAUGCCCGCCAUUUCUGCCUCUAAAUCAAUCAUCCCUAAGAAAGCCCAAUCAUCUUUCCCGCCCUUUUUUAUUUCUGCCCAAUGUCUCUCCUUCUCCCCUUCCCUUUGUAGAAAAUUCCCGACAUGUCUCCAAACACUCUCUCCUCCUCCGUCCAGCAGAAAAACCCUAAUUCUCUGCAAAUCAUCCGAAACUGAGCUCUCAGCCACGGACAUCGAGUGGCUCGAGAAGCUCCCCGACAGGAAGAAGCCCUUGUAUUCUCACAGCCUCCCUUGCAUCGAGGCAUGGCUGAAGAAAUUAGGGUUCUACCAGAGCAGGGAAGACCGCGCUGUCUGGUUCGUUGAGAAGCCUAACUGGCACGCGCAGCUCUCGCUUGACGUCACCGAUCUUUACAUUAGAUACCUAAAGAGCGGACCAGGGGAUCUCGAGAAGGACAUCGAGAGGAGAUUCAGUUACGCAUUGAGUAGAGAGGAUAUCGAAAACGCGAUACUUGGAGGACCUUAAGUUGUACAGGUUUAUAUUAGCUUAACAUACGAUGGAUAUCUGGGGAGUUAACUGCACCAACGAAUGAUGUAAAUACUAUUGCUGUUUUAGCUUUUUGUCACUGAAGGUCUAGAAGUAAUUCAUGGAGCGGGAGCUUCAGUUAACUGAGAUUCAGAAGUUGAAAUUUCACCUCAUUCCCAAUAUCAUGAUAAGAAUGGCUGGGAUUUCUGGAAGAGGAAGCCAUUCAUUUGAUGAGGGAAGAAAGGAAUGUUGAGAAUUCAAGUGUGCUGUCAUGUCACACAUGGAGGACAUUCAAACCAUGCAAUAGGACGUCCACUGCAUCUGGUACGAAAAUCAGAAAGAUGCCCUCAUUAGACAGGCCACAACUGUACAAGAACAAUGGAUGGUUUAAUCAUACCAGCUGAUGACUUAUUCAACGUACUUGUGACUUGUGAGGCUAGCCUCAUGAGCGGGCACACCUAAUUUGUAUGCCAGAGGUUCUUCAUGUUAGGACCCACCUUUUUUAUGACUCUGAUGUCCUACAUGCAUGUAGAUAUACCUCAACUUCUAACAAGGAUAGGCAUCUGAAGUCUGUGUGGACACCUCAGCCAAUCUCCUCUUGCUGCAGAAAAAAGCUUUGAAAGGUGAAAAUUGCCAUUGAAAAAAAAGAGAGAAAUUCGGCCUCUUCAAUUACAAAAAAAAAAAAGUGUAAAAAAUAACGUAUAUUAUUGUAGACAUAGUACAUUUUAUUUUGAUAACAAUGUUUUCGACCCUACUUUUAUUUUA